AUGACGUCAGUGCCCGCCAGUGCGAUGCCACGCAUUUAUAACCAAGGCGCUCGCCGCGUCUCAAGGAAUGCCCAACCCACCAUUUUCAUGGCCUGGUCGAUUACACUCCCCCGAGAGGUCUUUGCCUCGCCAAUCCUUUCCGUCGCAGCUCCUACGACGGUCGGGAUGUUAAUCGGUUAUCUGGUCAACCGCACAGGAACAACCAAGCGAACCUACAAAUCACUUCAAAAGCCAGCCUUCUAUCCGCCCACAUGGCUAUUCGCACCGAUGUGGACGGCCCUCUACGGGGCCAUGGGAUACGCCGCUCACCACGCGACAGUGGCCGGACAUAGCGCCCUAACCUCCUCCAGCGCUGCACAGAGCUUGGGAACGAAUUGGGAAACGCUUUACACAUCACAGCUCGUGCUCAACUACCUCUGGAUGCCCCUCUUCUUUGGGCUCCGUCGCCCUGCCUGGGCAUUGGCGGAUAUCUUACUGUUGGGAGGGAACGUGGCGGCGCUGAUGCAGACCUGGUGGAAGACGGAUCGCACGGCCUUUUGGCUCAUAGUCCCCUACGCGGGGUGGCUAGCAUUUGCGACGUAUCUCAAUGCCGGUGUGGGUGUAUUGAACAAAUGGACCAUCGGAGAAAAGCCAAAGGAUCAGUAA